AUGAAGUUAAGUAAACAUUUCAUUAUUCAGAUAUUAGGGUUAAUAAUAGUAGGAUCUAUUUGGACCGCUACUAUCUAUGGUAUAUAUAGGACUGCGCAUAGAUAUGGAAGUGACGGAGGUGGUGUUGCGAUAUUACACGAGCCGGAAGCAAGUUCGAUACAGACUAGAGGCACUGACAACGGGUUGGUCAAACGGGCCAGCUGGCAAGAAGCCUCAAUAGAUGGGGCAGUCUCCACAUUUUCCUACUUGAUGAAUGGUGCAAACCAAUAUAUGCCACGGCAUGUACUAACCCUAUAUUGA